GUACCGGCAACCGCAUCAGCGUUCGUCAUCAGUUCACGGGCCACUCUCGAACCGCGCGGUACUGUUUUCACUCUCGCCGCAGUCUCUUGCUGUGCGUCGGGCGCCACAUGACGAAGGAAACACGUUCGCAGACGGGGUUCAUGCUGUUAUAAUAAUAUUAUUAUAUAUUAAUAAUAAUAGCGCGUUCGUUCGUAUUACGAUUUUAUUAAAAAAAAAAAUUUUUCGGAUGUUCGAAAGUUCCGUUUCGCCGUCACGUCGACAAUUUAACAAUAAUAAUAUUAAUAGUAAUAGUUAUUAUCAUGACGUCUUGUUCGUUUCGACCACGGAAUAUGUCUUACGCGAUUACCUGCUCCGUUCAUUAAUUAUAUACAUUAUUUUAUUACAGUAUUAUAUUGUUCGGUCAUCGAAUACAGCAAAAAUAACUUUUGAAAUCGGUUUUCGUUUUAUUAAUAUUGUUUAAAAAAAAAAAAAAAAUUUGCGAUUGUUUUCGUGGCGUGUUGCUUAUCCGCGCCGUACCGAGAUUGUUGAUAUUUAGUACAACGAACGAAUACGCCGGCCAUAUUUGUCGGCAUGAAAACCGACAAAGACCGUGUCACAGGUGCUUGAUCGACAAUGAUAAGCGGUGUGCUGUUGAUGGUGGCUGUGAUAUCAGGCAUAGUGUGCGGCGAAACGCCGAGACCGUCGGGCGCUAGAGCCGCGUUCAAGGACGCUGGCCAGGCGGAAAGGCACUUGCUGGCCGCGCUGGGCAUGAAGCGCCGACCGGUGGUGGACAAGUCCAAAGUGGAGAUACCGGCCGCCAUGCUGGAGCUUUAUAGGAUGCAAAUGUCGUACGAAUUCGACACCACGGCCUUGCCGUUGCCGGGGCACCAUGUCAAGUCCGCGAACACCGCCCGAACGUACUUGCAUAGAGAGACCGAACCAAAAAAACCAAAGUGCCGCAAAUACAGGCUACAGUUCGCAGUUGACCCGUUGCCUGACGGUGAAUGGCUGACUGCGGCCGAGUUGAGGCUGACACCGACGCGGCAUCGGCCGGCCGGACAUCCAGGCCGCGUUCAAGUACUCGUGCACGAUAUCGUUCAACCGGGUGUCCGGGGCGUGUCGAAGCCAGUUCUCCGGUUGCUCGACUCGCAGUACGUAGACCUGCCGGACGCGGCAACAACGGGACAGGACGAAGAAGCGUCGGUCACGCUGGACGUGACGCCCGCGCUAGAGCGGUGGUCGCAGCACGGCGGCCGGUGGAUGGCCGGCAAUCACGGGCUACUCAUUGAGACGCUCACCGACGGUGGCGCCAACGUCCGGGCCCCGAUACCUGAAACGUUCGAGUUGCGAGCCGCCGACAGGCCUGCACUGCUCGUGUACUCGGACGACGGCAAGAAUAGCCGUCCCGUCGGCCCGCCGCGGCGGAAACGCUCGUCGGGUGCCAACCAACAGCAACAGGGCCGGGGUAACAGCGGAAAGCGGCGGAAGGAUGGCGGCAGUGGCCGGGACAUCUGCCAGAGGCACCCGCUGUACGUGGAUUUCACGGACGUCGGCUGGGACGAUUGGAUCGUCGCGCCGCCCGGCUACGACGCUUACUACUGCCACGGCGACUGUCCAUUUCCAGUGGCCGAACACCUUAACUCCACCAACCACGCCAUUGUCCAGACGUUGGUCAACUCCAUGAACCCCACCGCCGUGCCCAAAGCGUGUUGUGUGCCUACUCAGUUGGCGUCCAUAUCUAUGCUAUACCUGGACGAGGAUAACAAAGUGGUGCUCAAAAACUACCAGGACAUGCAAGUGCUCGGGUGCGGGUGCAGGUAGGCCUAGGCCUAAACCCAUCACACCCGCCCACAAACACACACACACACACACACACACACACACACACUUACUCACCCACAAACACAUAGCGUCGCCCAAAGAUAUUAUUAUUAAUAGUUAUUAGUUAUUAUUAUUAUUAUUAUUAUUAUUAUUAUUAAUAUAUUUACGUAUAUAUUAUUAUUAUUAUUAUUAUUAUUUUACUAUUAUGCGUUUAUCGAAUGAGGUGGUUUACCCAUUUUUUCGCGAAUUUUGUUUUUAAUAAAAAUGGUUUCUAUCGUUUAACGCGGUAGGUAGGUACACAUUUUAUCCACUUGACUAUCCGUUCCCUUGAUGAAACAUUACACAGACAAAUCGAAUAACCACUAAUACUACAGAUGACGGGUUCAUAUUAGACUAACGAUCUUUAUAAUAUUAUUGUGUGUUUUACGUAAAAAAAAAAACACAUCGA